AAACAUAUUCGGAAAUUGGUUCAUUAACAGAAGAUUUUAACCAACUUAAAACCUUUUACCAAACCGAGAAAGAUUACGAAAUCAAAAUGAAGGAAGUACUAGAAAUGAAUGAGCUUUUUUCUGAAAGCACAUAUCAUAUAGAAAAUGAUGAAAAAAUACCAUAUUUUAAUAAUCAUGUUCUUAGCCCAUUGCAAAUUAAAAAAUUUCAAAAAAUAUUUUACCAAAGUACAAUUAAAGAAAACAACGAACAAGAAAUUAAUGAAAAAUUAACCGUUAUAUUAGAUCAACAAGAGAAAGAAGCAUUUACUAAUAAACUUUGUACACGGAAUGUGCUUUCAGGAAGAAAAUCUAAUAACGCUUUAUCAUUCACGAUUGUUUUGAAUGUUCUUACAUUUAUUGUCAAUUUUGCAAACUGUCAUGGAUUGCCAUCACCAG